AUGUUCAAAAUCAUUGCCCUUCUCGCCUGCCUGGCCGUCGUUGUCUCUGCCCAGCACUACGGAGAAGAUCACGGCCACCAAAAGGAGGAACACCACGCUCAUCCCAAGUACAAGUUCGAAUACGGUGUCAAGGAUGACCAUACCGGUGACCACAAGUCCCACUGGGAGGUGCGCGACGGUGAUGUCGUCAAGGGACAGUACACCCUGCAGGAAGCCGACGGUAGCCACCGCAUCGUAGACUACAAGGCCGAUGAUCACAAUGGAUUCGAGGCCGUCGUGAAGAAUGUCGCCCACGGACAUCACUAG